CCCCCCCCCAGAUCCGUUGGGCGCAAACAUUCCUUGGGGGAAGGUCCCACCUGUCCUGUUGGGAAGCUCUUAGAGGACCAGGAGAAACCCAGUGUCCUGACAACCAGCCGCCCGCCUGCUCCGCAUCGUGGUACCUCCAAGGAGGAGGCCUCCCAGGGCAGGUCGAAGCAGGAGGGGGCUAUGGACCCCGAGGCCCCCCCAGCGAAGAACAGCUUCAACAACCCCGCCUAUUACGUGCUGGAGGGGGUCCCACACCAGCUCCUCCUCCCGGAGUUGUCCCUGGCGACCUCGGCCAAGCCCCCCGCCCCCCGGAACAAGGUCCAGAUCACGGUACCCAUCCAGCUGGAGCCCUGGCGCUGCCCCCAGCCGCCCGCCCAACGGGCCGAGGAGAACGCCGAAGAGGAGGAGGCGGGGGUCCUCAACCUGCCGCCCCCGGACUUCCCGCCCCCUCCCUUGCCCAAAUCGGUGGCCUUGGAGAUGGCGGAGGGGCCCCUCUACACCCCGGUGGGCGGCCGAGGAGAGGAGCAGGCGGCCGGCAAGCCACGCGCCACCGUGGUCUUCAGCGAGCCCCUCAAGACCAAGCCCCCCAAGCUGCAUCCCCGGCCGGCCCCAUCCCUGGGGGCGGGGUACCUCCUGGACGCCCCCACCGGACCCCAGGUUGGCCCGGGCCUCCUGGACGACUGUUCCUGCUCCGUGCUCCAGAUGGCCAAGACCCUCAGCGAAGUGGAGUACUCCAGCGGGGGCGGCCUGGGGAGGGAGCAGGCGGGCCGGCCCCCCUCCCACCCGCUGAGCAAAGUCCGGCUGGAUCUGGCCCACCGCUGCCUGCCGCCCGACUACAGCCGCCCCGGGGGCUUUGCUGCGCGCUCCAUCCGGGAGAGCAUCGAAGAGGCCGAAGAGAGCCUGACCCAGGAGGGCCAGAGUGCCGGCUGCAGGCGCAGCGAGUCCAGCGUGGGGGAAUGGCUGAGGGCCAUCGGCAUGGAGCGCUACGAGGAAGGGCUCAUCCACAACGGGUGGGACGAUCUGGAGUUCCUCAGGUGAGUCUCCGGUCGGCCGUUCGGUCUCGCGGUUAAGGCGCCUGCCUAGAAAGCGGGAGAUGGGGAGUUCGAGUCCCGCCUUAAGGUGAAAACAGCUGGGUGGCUUUGCGCCAAUCACUAGGAGGCAAUGAGUUCUAGUUCCGCCUUAGCCGUGAAAGCCAGCUGGA